AUGGAAAAUGGGCAGAUCAACGGAAGCCAGGUCAAGGCGUCAUCUUCAUACGAUGACGAAAGUACUGGACCUCAAAAUUCUAGAAUCCGUACAACCCUUGGUGGCGGCGCAUGGUGCCCGAAGAACCAGAUCAACAUCACGUCGACGGAAUGGCUGCAAAUCACAUUUCCUACCGAAAUGCUGAUCACAGCCGUCGAAACGCAGGGCCGAGACCACAAUGGGGAGGGCGCCGAAUUCGCCCAAGCCUACCGUAUCGAGUACCUGCGGCCAAGUCUCGAUGGAUGGGCACGAUAUAGGGAUGGAGCGGGGAAGGAGACAAUUCCUGGCAACACCGAUCCCCGAUCAUCUGUCCACCGCGAACUUGACGGUCCCAUUAUCGCCAAGCAAAUCCGAUUUGUCCCGAUCUCAAAUCGAACUCGAACCGUUUGCAUGCGAGUCGAGGUCUAUGGAUGCCCGUAUACAGGCCGCGUGCUGCAGUAUUCCGUUGCGGAGGGUUCCGUUGCUGACGGUCUAUCGAUGAAGGACCACUCUUACGAUGGAAAGAUAAGCCCGGAAAAUAUCCUCUUUGGCGGCGUCGGCAAGCUGUUCGACGGGAAAACGGGAGAGGAUGAUUUUGAGAAAUUUCCGAAUGCCUGGAUGGGAUGGAGGGCUGAUGAACACCGCCAAAUUGAGCUCAACUUCACGUUCACCGAGCAGAUGAACAUGUCCAUGAUCUCGAUCUACACUUCCAAUUUUUAUAAGCAUGGUGCUGAGAUCUUCUCUACCGCCUCCGUCUACUUCUCGCAAAACGGAAUCCACUACUCUUCGCGAAGUGUAGCUAUUGAGCAAAUUCCGGAUAAGCAAUUCGAUUCGGCGAGAUGGCUGAGGAUUCCGAUUCCAAACAGGAUUGCAAAAUAUUUAAAGAUCGAAAUCCGCCCAAACCCGGAAGCACAUUGGCUACUGAUUUCGGAAGUCCAAUUCGUGAUGAGCCCCGUUUUGUAUGAGUGGGACGAUCAUAGCGCUGCCAUCCAGGAAGAGUAUAAUGCGAUACAAGUGAUCGAGGGGACGUACACCUCAAAUAACUAUGUGCUCGAACGAUAUUGGCCGGAUCCGGAAGAUCAUUCGAUGGCUAUAUUUAUAGUCUCGAUGUUCAUCAUCCUGACGUCAAUCUGCUCGGCGGGCUGUUGCAUCUGGCGUCUUCUGAUGAAGAAGCGGACCCCCAGGGUCUCCCCAUCAACUUAUGAAAUGGCGCGAGACAACGCUCACAACAUUCUCCUCGAGAAGAUACCGAUGGAUGGCGAGUACGCCGAUCCGGAUUUUUCAAUUGCCACCAACUGCGACUCCAGAAUGCCGCUCCUCGGCGCUUAUCGUGAUUUUGGGAGUCCGGGUUCCGUAAUGCGACGUUUUUCUUCUCCCUCGACCGUCAGCCAAUACGCUGACUACGGAGAAGUCUACGUCCACACCUCACCGGAAAUCGACCCAUCACAACUUCAAUUUGUGCGAAAACUUGAUGGUGAAGUCAGGAAUGCAAAACUCUGCCAACUUGAGCGCCGCCUGGUUGUCGUUAAAUCAUUGGACAACUGCGAAGACGUCAGAAGAGAACUGCAGUACCUCGGAGCCCUCAAGCACCCGAACGUGCUCGAGAUGAUCGGCGUCUCCACGGGUCAGCCAUUCUUCUGCGUGCUGGAAUACGCCGAAAACGGGAAGCUCGAUGAGUACUUUAAGAAGAUGGAGCGCGUCGACACUCAAACCGUGCUGAGCACGGUGGUGAACAUUGUGGCGGGGUUGGCGUACCUGGAGUCUCGCUCCAUCAUCCUCUCCCAUCUGGCUGCCCACACAUGUCUUGUCGACAAGGACGGAAACCCGAAAAUCACGCGCAUGGGCCAUCCGAGCCAGAUUUUCGACGAGAGGUGCUGCUCGAACUCAGAGAUGGUCCGCUGGAUGGCACCGGAGGCUAAGACCGAGGGCACCCAAACCCAAAAGAGCAACGUCUACUCGUUCGGCGUAUUGUGCUGGGAGCUGUUUGGCGGAUGCAGGGAGAAGCCGCCGGUUAGAGGACCUGGAGCUUACUACCUACCACCACCGCUUCUAAUGCCCGAUAUCACUCUCCACAAUACCGUCGCAGGGCUGUGCCUCGCCGAAAAUCCCGACAACCGCAAGAUGUUCAACUAUAUCCACUUGCAUUUGCAGACCAUUUUGAGCACGUAUAUC